UGCAACAUGAACUUCCUCAGUGUGCUGUCCUGCCUCAGCCUGGCGCUGACUGCUGCUUUCGCCCAGAACCCGAAACCCUGCGUUGCUCCACCGCUGAUGAGCGGAGGCUUCACUGUGAUGGAUGCCAGCGGACUCUUCAUGUCCACAGGGACUGUGAGCUAUGAUGCUUUUGGUCAGAGGAUGCGGGUUAGAAACUACCAGCUUGUCAGCAAUCAGACCUCUUCAACGGACCAGCUGAUGCUUUUCAAUCAGAAAGUCUACUAUGAAAUCGACUGGAGCAACUUAUCUUGCAAGAAGAAAGCACUGGAUACCACCUUCCUUCCCAUGCAAGUUCCCUCUAAUGCCAAACUGAUGGGUCAGGUCUUCAUGGGCUCCUCUUCCUCCUGGGGAAUGGGUGUGCUGGUCAACACCUGGUACGGAGAACUACCACAGAACGGCCACUAUUCGAUGGGUUUCACUGAGAUUGGCUGCAUCCCUCUGACCGUGUCUUCCUACUCUCCAGCAUCUGGAUGGGCCACGCUCAGCACCUUCAACUGGGUGUUGGGCAACACAAACCCCAUGGACUACAGCCCUCCUUUCUUCUGUGCCAAGUCUAAACUGGAGGAGACCGAGACCCCAGUUACCUUCUUCACUGCCUUGCAGUCUCUGGCCAUGAAGACCAAGGAAGAGGAGUAAACAUCUGUAAACAUCUGGAGCAUCUCACUCAGAUAGUCAUUACUGAAGCAGAGCUAAAUGUGAC